UUCCAUCCCCAUCCAUCACUCCUGUUGUGAUUAUUCAUUAAGUUUUUACCCCCCUCCAUUUGCGUUGGAACCCUUGUUUAUUUCAUCGCUGCUGGGUAUUCGAUUCUUUAUUGCAUCAGUUCCGAGUAAUCCUUCCUGCAGUCAAGCUUAAUCUUCCUUUUCAGGUUGAUCGUUUAUGAUCUGAGGGCUUGAUUUUUGCCCACUAAGGUAAAUUCGUCGAAAAGAUAUCUAAAGUCUCAAAUGGGUAGAAAGAAGCCGACCGCCCGUGAUGAUGAUAACGCCCCCACUGUGUCCCAAGGCGGUGGAAAGUCGAAAAAGAAGGGGUUAGUGAUCGAUGAUGAUGAGUAUUCUAUUGGAACGGAGCUCUCUGAGGAACAGCCUUCUCAAGAAGAGAAGCCUGCGGCGAUGGGAAAGAAGAAAGGUAAAAAAGGUAACUCGAAGGCUUCAAAAGCCGAGGACGAAGAUUUAGAACAGGCGAUGGAUGAUAAUGAUGAUGAUGUGCCUGAAGUUGUCUUUACUGGGAAAAAGAAGGGGAAGUCAAACAAGGGUGGUGGGAAUAGUGUGUUUACUGCUUCGGGCUUUGGUUUGCUUGGUGAUGUGGAGGGCGGAGAAGAAGAUGAUGAUGAUGAUGAAGACAAACAAUCCGGGUUAAUUGGUGGGGUGGACAAUGACGACGAGGACGACGAGGACGACGACCCAGUUGUUAGUUUUUCAGGUAAGAAGAAGUCCUCAAAGAGUUCCAAGAAGAAGGGUGGUAGCUUGUUCACUACAUCAGCUUUUGAUGCUAUAGACGAAGAUGAUGAAGGGGAGGUGAUCGAUAAUUCUAUGGAAGCCAGCCGUGAAGAGAAUGAUGACAUGGAUGAACCAGUUAUUAAUUUUACGGGUAAGAAAAAAUCAUCAAAAAGUAGCAAGAAGGCUGGUGCCUUAUUCACAGCGUCUAGUUUUGGUGAUGGUGACGGAGAGCAGGGCAAAAAUGACCAAGAGGAUGAAGAUGAAGAGAUUGCUCCGAUCACUUUCUCAGGGAAGAAAAAGAAGUCAUCGAAGUCUUCCAAGAAGGCUGUUAAUUCUUCAUUUAGUGCAGCUUUUGCUGAAGGGGACGUGGAUGAUGAUGAUGAUUCUGUGCUCGAGUCUACUAGAGCUGAUGAAAGUAAGGCUGAGGACGAAGAUGUUUCUAUUCCUGUGUUUUCAGGUAAAAAGAAGUCUUCUAAGAAAAACAAGACCGCUAUUACCAAAGCUAGUGAUGAUUUUGAAUCUGUUAAUGAAAGUCAAGAUGCUGUAGAGCCUAAGCAGCCUAGCGUAAUAGACAAUAAAGGUAAUAAGGAUGAAGAGAUGAUUGACACAUCGAAAAAUAAAAAGAAGAAGAAUAAAAAGAGUGGAAGAACUGCUCAAGAAGAGGAAGAUUUGGACAAGCUUCUUGCUGAGCUUGGGGAGGGGCCUCCAGUAAAACCUACUUCCCCUCCAGCAGCGGAUGGUAAAGUUCAGGCUUCUUCUGAAGUAGCUGCUCCUGCUACUGCUGCUGUGGGAAAAGAAGGGGAAGAUGCAAUGGAGCCAGCUGCUGCAAAGAAGAAGAAGAAGAAUAAAAAGAGCGGAAGGACUGCUCAAGAAGAGGAAGAUUUGGACAAGCUUCUAGCCGAGCUAGGGGAGGGGCCUCCAGUAAAACCUGCAUCCCCUCCAGCAGAGGAUGACAAAGUUCAGGCUUCUUCUGAAGUAGCUGCUCCUGCUACUGCUGUGGUGGAAAAAGAAGGGGAAGAAGAGACAAUGGAGUCAGCUGCUGCAAAAAAGAAGAAAAAGAAAAAGGAAAAAGAGAAGGAGAAGAAGGCUGCUGCGGCAGCAGCUGCUGCAAGUGCCCCUGAUAAUGAAAAGAAUGAAGAAGUUAAACCUGAGACCUCAGAAUCAAAGAAAAAUGAUUCCAAGACUAAAGCCGGUGACAAGAAAGUGCCAAAACAUGUUAGGGAGAUGCAAGAGGCACUGGCCCGAAGAAAAGAGGCUGAAGAGAGGAAGAAAAGGGAAGAGGAAGAGAGGCUAAGGAAAGAAGAGGAAGAGCGGCGGCGACAAGAGGAACUUGAGAAGCAAGCAGAAGAGGCAAGGCGUAGGAAAAAGGAAAGGGAGAAGGAGAAGCUACAGAAGAAAAAGCAAGAAGGCAAAUUGCUAACCGGUAAACAAAAGGAAGAAGCUCGUCGUUUGGAGGCCAUGAGGAAGCAGUUUCUUGCUGGUACAGGUGCUGUCACUCUUCCUACUGGGGACUCUGGUGCCCCAGCCAAACGACCCAUAUAUCAGACAAAGAAGUCAAAACAAACCCAUCAUCAGCAGAAUGGCUCUGCUCCUGUUAAGGCAGCUGAAGAUGUGGAAGCAAAGGAAAACCUAGAGACCGCACCUGAUGCAGAGUCAUUGGAACCGGAGAAGGUUGAAGCGGCUGAGUCAGUGCAGGACGAGGAUGAAGUUAAACCUUCUAAAGAUGUUGAAGAGUUUGAAGUUGAAGAAGAUGAUGAGGAUGAAUGGGAUGCAAAGAGUUGGGAUGAUGUUAAUUUAAAUGGAAAAGGUGCAUUUGCUGAUGAGGAGGCUGACUCUGAACCGGAACCUGUAGUGAAAAAGGAGAUAAAAAAUGCUGGACCCCCGGCUGCUGUCAAGUCAACAGGCACAACCAAGAAAGCUGCUUCCCAGGCUUCAACUGAGAAAAUUGAAAGUAAAAAGCAGGUUGAGAAGCAACCAGCUAAGCUGGCUGUGCCUUCUCAGUCUAGUGGAGAGAACCUUCGCUCCCCAAUUUGCUGUAUUAUGGGCCAUGUGGACACGGGUAAAACUAAGCUGCUGGAUUGUAUUCGAGGUACUAAUGUUCAGGAAGGUGAGGCUGGUGGUAUCACGCAACAGAUUGGUGCCACAUACUUUCCUGCUGAGAACAUACGUGAAAGAACAAAGGAACUAAAAGCUGAUGCAAAGCUGAAAGUUCCAGGUCUACUGGUGAUAGAUACUCCUGGGCAUGAAUCUUUUACUAACUUACGGUCAAGGGGUUCUGGCCUAUGUGAUAUUGCAAUUCUAGUUGUUGACAUUAUGCAUGGAUUAGAACCUCAGACAAUAGAAUCACUCAAUCUAUUGAAAAUGAGGAAUACAGAAUUCAUAGUUGCAUUGAACAAAGUUGACAGACUUUAUGGUUGGAAAGUAUGCCGUAAUUCUCCAAUUGUUAAGGCAAUGAAGCAGCAAACCAAGGAUGUGCAAAAUGAGUUCAAUAUGAGAGUCACUCAGAUUAUCACUCAAUUCAAGGAACAGGGGUUAAACAGUGAGUUGUACUAUAAAAACAAAGAAAUGGGAGAAACUUUCAGCAUUGUACCUACUAGUGCUAUAAGUGGCGAAGGUAUCCCAGAUUUGUUGUUGUUGUUGGUUCAAUGGACACAAAAGACAAUGGCUCAGAAACUCACAUAUAGUGAUGAAGUGCAGUGUACAGUUUUGGAGGUUAAGGUUGUUGAAGGUCAUGGGACAACUAUUGAUGUCGUCUUGGUUAAUGGUGUUCUCCAUGAAGGGGAUCAAAUAGUUGUAUGUGGAAUGCAGGGGCCUAUUGUUACUACAAUUCGAGCUCUAUUGACACCUCAUCCUAUGAAGGAGCUCCGUGUUAAGGGCACUUAUCUCCAUCAUAAAGAAAUUAAGGCUGCUAUGGGUAUCAAAAUAACUGCCCAGGGGCUUGAACAUGCUAUUGCGGGCACUGCUUUAUAUGUGGUGAAGCCUGACGAUGAUUUAGAAAGUGUUAAAGAAGAUGCCAUGGAUGAUAUGAAGACGGUCAUGAGCAGGAUUGACAAGAGUGGUGAGGGAGUUUGUGUGCAGGCGUCCACCCUCGGUUCUUUGGAAGCAUUGCUGGAGUUUUUGAAAACACCAGAAGUCAAUAUUCCUGUUAGUGGCAUAAGCAUAGGCCCUGUACAUAAAAAAGAUGUAAUGAAGGCCAGUGUAAUGCUUGAAAAGAAACGAGAGUUUGCCACUAUCCUGGCAUUUGAUGUCAAAGUCAAUCAGGAGGCUAAAGAUCUUGCGGAAGAACUAGGUGUGAAAAUUUUUAUGGCUGAUAUAAUUUAUCACCUAUUUGACCAAUUCAAGGCCUAUAUUGACAACAUUAAGGAGGAAAAGAAGAAAGAAGCAGCUGAUGAGGCAGUCUUCCCAUGUGUUCUGAAAAUCAUACCAAAUUUCGUUUUCAACAAGAAGGAUCCAAUCAUAUUGGGAGUUGAUAUUCUUGAAGGUGUUGUGAAGGUUGGGACUCCAAUUUGUAUUCCUUCCAGAGAUUACAUUGAUAUUGGUCGCAUUGCAUCCAUUGAAAAUAACCAUAAAACUGUUGAUUAUGCCAAGAAAGGGCAGAAAAUAGCCAUUAAGAUUGUUGGCGGCAAUCCGGAGGAACAACAAAAGAUGUACGGGAGGCACUUUGACGAUGAUGAUGAGCUUGUAAGCCAUAUUUCGAGGAGAUCCAUCGAUAUUCUCAAAGCUAAUUAUCGGGAUGAACUGAGUAUGGAGGAAUGGAAGCUGGUUGCGAAACUGAAAAAUGUUUUCAAGAUACAAUGAGACUUGAUGUGGGCGCUCUCGAGUAUUGUUCUUUACGGUAAACACAAGUUGACUGAAGUGUCUGGUUUUACGCAAACAAAGCGGUUCAGAGAUUUUUGUCUGGCAGCGAUUUGGAUCCUUCGUACAAAUGGUGCGAUGAGUAUAGAGGGGCAUUGUUUGUCGAGGAACGCUUUGUUCCGUGAGAAACUCAUGCUCAGUAUCAGCAGGCAAAGUUGAAGAUAAAACGCUGAGAGAAGGGGGCUGGCAAAAGCUGGAGUUUUGUGAAAUGUUUCCCGGUAUCAUGCGGUAUACUUUUACCGGGGCCGGAAGCAGUUACAAGGAUCUAAACAUGGAUAAGAGAGUGACUGGAGCUGACAGUUGUUACUGAUCGAUUGUUUAUUCGCUGGGGAAAAUAUCUUCUACCUGAGUAAACUACAUGAAUGUACCCACCUAUAGUGUAGAACGUUCAGUUUUUGUUGCAUUUUCUUUACCAUAUAUAGCUUCUCCAACAAUUUUCCUGCCCUGUCUACCCAUUCUUUUUUCGCCAAUGAACGUGGCGGCCCGUUCUGGUU